GACAAGCAACUGCAAUGUUGAUGUUGUCGUCGUAGUAGACGACGCUUGUAUUAGCCUAGCUUGCGUUCGUCCAACUUAAAAAGACUAGCUAGGUGGCGAUUGAUCUAUAUUUUAUUAUUUGAGAUGUCAAACAAAAGUAACAUUUAAAGUAGCUAGAUAGCUAUAGCUCAAUGGAGCAGACAUUACCGGUGUUACUAUUUCCUGUCAGUUUGAUAGGCAUUUCCUGUUGCGAAAUAGCUAGCUAACGGUUCGUGGUUAGCUCAUUGGUAGCGUAGCUAGCUGUAGAUUAUGCAUUGCAACGUUAACAGGCUUCUAAAUAAUGAUCAUUUGCUGAACGACAUCGAAUAUGGAACGAUCGUGUAACAUUGGCAUGUUGCACCUGGGAUGUACACCAACGGACAUUAUUUUUAGAGGAUAACCUGGAUAACCUUAGCUACUAACGUUACAUGAAAUGUCAUAAGCUAGCUGCGGAGAUGGAGGGACCCACAACCCCCUGAACAGCUGCACUGAUGGAGAAAUGUUCUCCUCCAAGAUGAUAGGAAGUCUGAAUUAGAAUAUUGUAGUAGUUUUAGCGGAAUUAUCUUAGUCUUUUAUCCUCUCUAGCUAGGCCAUAUCUAGUCUGUCUUGCAAAUGGUAGACAGGUCAUUGAUAAGUAACGUUAACUGCUUGUGAAGAAAUCCCUGCUGUUUUUGGCAUCCACAAACGAUACUCACAGACUGUGUCAGAGAGUCGGCCUUGUCCAGAAUUACAAGGUUCAUUUGUGCAACUAACAGAACUGGAAACAAAGAUAUUUGAGCAGUCUGCGUCAUUUUGAUUACAGCGAGGAUCAUUAUAGACUAAUUGCCAUCAUGAGGAAGUUCUUUGAUUCAUCUCGAAGGGAGUUGGUGAGUUCUGGACCGGGUUCAGGAGGGGGUAGCAGUGGAUCCAGUCAUGCAGGUGGCAAUUUAAUUGGACGUUCAUGUACUAUUGGCCGGCACCAAGUUACUAUUGAAGAAACUGUGGCUGAAGGGGGUUUCGCCAUCGUGUUCCUGGUACGAACCAGCCAGGGGCUCCGUUGUGCCCUCAAGAGGAUGUAUGUCAACAAUGAGCAUGAUCUGCAGGUGUGCAAGAGGGAGAUUCAGAUCAUGAAGGACCUAGUUGGCCAUAAGAACAUCGUUGGCUACCUGGACUCUAGCAUCACCACCUGCGGAGGAGGAGAUGUGUGGGAGGUGCUCAUCCUCAUGGACUACUGUAAAGGGGGCCAGGUUGUGAACCUCAUGAACCAGCGCCUGCAGACUGGCUUCACCGAGGCAGAGGUGCUGCAGAUCUUUUGCGACACGUGUGACGCCGUGUCUCGACUGCACCAAGCUAAGACCCCCAUCAUCCACAGGGACCUGAAGGUGGAGAACAUCCUGUUACAUGAUAAGGGACACUAUGUUCUGUGUGACUUUGGCAGUGCUACCAAUAAGUUCCAGAAUCCACAGACUGAAGGAGUGCCAAUAGUCGAUGAGGAAAUCAAAAAGUACACCACUUUGUCCUAUCGUGCCCCUGAGAUGGUGAACCUCUAUAAUAACAAGAUCAUUACUACUAAGGCUGACAUAUGGGCGAUGGGCUGUUUGCUGUACAAGCUGUGCUUCUUCACUCUUCCCUUUGGGGAGAGCCAGGUUGCAAUCUGCGACGGCAGUUUCACCAUUCCUGAUAAUUCCCGUUACUCCUACGACCUGCACUGCCUCAUCCGCUACAUGCUGGAGCCCGACCCUGACAAAAGACCUGACAUCUACCAGGUGUCCUACUUUGCGUUUAAGCUGGCUCGUCGGGACUGCCCCGUUCAGAAUAUGAAGAACUCUGCGAUUCCUGGCCAACUCCCUGAGCCGGUCAAAGCCAGCGAGGCUGCCGCAGCGAAGAAGAGCCAGAGCCAGACUCAGAGCAAGGCCAGGCUGACAGACCCCAUCCCCACCACGGAGACUUCCAUUACGCCCCGGCAGAGGCCCAAAGCGGCCCACGCCCAGCCCAGCGCUGGCAUCCUACCCAUCCAGCCGGCAUCUCUCACCCCUCGCAAACGGGCCAACCUCCCUGCCGGUGGAGUCCUUCCUCUGGGAGUGAAUUUAAACCUUGCCCAGCAAGCAGCAACCCUCCAAUCACAGAAGGUGCCAGCUACAGCGCCGCCUCAUCCAUCGACCGGCCAAUCGCAGAACCCUCCCUGUCAGGCCAAACUUCAGAUGGGUGCUCAGCAGAAGCAGCCCGGGCAGUUACAGCAGCAGUCAGUUGCGGCGGGGGGAGGAGUCUUACCCGUGCAGGCGAAGGCAGAAGCCUUAAGCGCCACGCAACAGGCCGUACCUUCCUCUGUGACCAUUCCCACCCCCCAGAAGGCCCAGACCCCAUCCAGCCCAGCGCCACCUAAAGCGCCGGCACGUCGCAAGCAGGCCAGCCAGAGCCAGGCCCAGCAGCCGUCCACUGCUCAGCCCGCUCCUGCCCAACUUCCAGCUUCCCAGCAGCCCGCAGCUAAGCAACAAGCGGUUCCUAUCCAAACUGUGGCCCAGCCAGAGGUGGCCCAACAGCCACUGGUCAAGACUCCGUCCACCCCUGCAGAGACCAGUCUGAACACAGCUGAGUUGGAGAUGAGUUCUCUUCCUGCGCUGUCCAAGAGUCCACCCCACUCCCCAAAGGCUACACAGCACGCUCUGAGUGAUGUUACCCAGAAUGCUGUUGAUUGGCAUCCUGGAACGGACUCAAUCCAGCAAAAUGCCACAGCAGUGGAUGACAUCAGCCAGUUAAUAUGUGUCGGUACACCUCCGCCCAGUUCCACCCAGUCCCUUCAGCAGGGUGUGUGUGAACCAGCCCAGGAUGGGAACUUCACCGCCUUUGCCCCUUCCCCUGCCUCUGCCCCCGGCCCAGUCACCAGCUCAGCCACACAGCCUGCCUGGAACCCUUUUGGGAAUGAUGACUUCUCCAAUCUGAGUGCGGAGCAACUGAUUAACAAAGACUUGGAUGAAAUGGCCGCCAAUGCAAAGGUGGAGAUGGCUUCCACUGACGACCUGAUAUCUGGCCUGUUGGAGGUCUCCUCCGCUGGGGAGACAGCCCCGAGUGAAGACCUGAUAUCCGGCCUGUUGGAGGUCUCCUCUCCUGGGGAAACAGCCCCAAAUGAGGACCUGAUAUCUUGCCUGUUGGAGGUCUCGUCCACUGGGGAAACAGCCCCAAAUGAGGACCUGAUACCUGGCUUGCUGGAGGUCUCCUCUCCUGGGGAAACAGCCCCGCAACCUACUGUAGAACAGACCGAAGACAUCAUGGGUCUGGAUACAGGCGUAUCUUUGCUGUCUAUUCCAAUCCCUUUCAACACACUGGCACUUUCAGAUACUCCAGAGAAACUUAUUGAGGGACUGAAGUCCCCAGACACUCACAUUCUGCUCCCUGACCUCCUCUCUAUGGCUGAUCCCUUUGGCGGAAAUGGUGCUGAGGGUGUCAAUGUGGCUCCAGCACAGGACUCUCUUGUGAGCCUGGACCUUCUGAUCCCUGGUCUGGAGGCUCCUGUGGCCCAGUCUGAUACAGAAUCGGCACUGUUUCAUGACCCCCUGCAUGGGGAGGACUCUUUGCUGGGCUGCUCUCUCAUCUCUGCCCCCUCUGGAGCCUCCUUGCUCUCCUCUGCUCCCGGUUCAGCUGGUGCUGGGUCUAUUCUGGAUGACUUUGACCUGGUGUCUGGGAGUUCCACCCAGCUACUAGCAGACUCAUCUGAUCUCUUGGUCUCAGGAUUUGAGAUUCCACCCAGUGCAGAGACAGGCAGCAAUGAUGAGUUCGACCCCAUUCCUGUCACGGACUCCAAAACCCCCUCGACCCGAGGAGGCCACUCUCGCAGUAACAGUGGGAGCUCUGAGUCCAGCCUGCCCAGCCUGGCCCGCUCCCUGCUCAUGGUGGACCAGCUGAUCGACCUGUAGAGGGGCUCUGGGCUGCCGCCACACGGGGGGUGGGCGGGUUGGUGGGGUGGAGGGAUGGCGACGCUGCUGAAGAGGAGAGCUGAUCCCCCUCCCCCACACACACUCUUCGUUAGAACCCUUCCCCUCCACCAUGACAGUGCUUGUUCCAUGCCAAGUCCUACCGUCAUUCCAAACGCACCGGGGACCCAUCUCCCUGUCUUCUUCCCAUCACGCCCCCGAUAUUGAUUUCCUGUUAUGUCCGCUGUUUUCCAUCUCCCCUCUGGUUUCAUUUUCCCAUAGCCGUUCUGUGCCGUGGUCUUUGUGUGGUCAUCGUGACUGACGGUUUCACGGCACGCCACUUCUAACUGUCGUGUUCAAGCCUCGCUGACUUCAUCCAGGAGUUUUUCUUUCUUUCUGUGGACCGCGGCCAGCCGGUUCAACGUGUUUAAAUCCUCUGGUCCGUCUAGGAGCAGGCGUCGCCCAGACAUAGAUGUUGGCUGGUCGUUCUGGUUGUUAAAGUGCUCAACUAGAUUUUUGUCGCCUGUGUUUGCAGUGUUUCAUUUGACCAGUAUUUCUAUUCGCACAGCGAGUUGAACCAAUGUCUUCACGUUGAUUCCUUGGAUCAGUUUGGAGGUGUAGUAUAAGCUUGAAACAAUGGUGGUAUAUCUGCCAAUUGAAUUUCACUCCUGAUUUAAUUGGCUGAGUUGUCGUGACUUUUUUUAGUCAUGAGCUAUCACCGUCUGCAGUUGUGACACUGUCUAAAAAGACCACUCCAGCAGCUGGUCUGGUUGAGCUUCCUUUAUCUGGGGACUCAUUCUCCCAGCCACCAGUUAGCAGAGCACGGCAAGAUCCACCCAGCUGGCUACCAUGAAAUUAACAGAUUAGUGAUUCAAAAAACAGAAAUGUUAGUGCCUUCAUAAAGCCUAACAUAACAAAAUGGCGUAGUUAAGAUGAGUGACCUCCGACUUGCCCUGGGAGUCAGCUGCUUGUUCAGUUCAGCUUGACUCUACUGGUAGUCUGUCCGUUUGACUCUACUGGUAGUCUGUCCGUUUGACUCUACUGGUAGUCUGUCCGUUUGACUCUACUGGUAGUCUGUCCGUUUGACUCUACUGGUAGUCUGUCCGUUACAUUCCUCUUUCAUUUCUGGUUGUUUGAGCUCACACAAUCAUUUCAUUCCUGUUGAACAUGCAUUCCCACAAAGCAUCCAUUCCUACUUUGAAUGUACAUAGUUCCUACGUUCCAGUCCCUUUGGCCCCACCUAAUAUCAACAUAUGUGUAUCUCCAAUAGCCAGGCACUGCUCCAGUGAACAUACGUUUUGAUUCCUCCAAAAGUCAUUGUUAAAAUAUCCUUUGUUCCUCAUCCAUUGUCAUAGCUUACAUUGUGGGAAAAAAAAUAUUGAAAUGUUUAUUUCUAAUAGCUAAUAUUAAAUGUUUAUUUCAUAUAUAGCUAAUAUUACAUGUGAAUAGGAUUAGUGUUAGAGUAUGAAUGUAUGAAUUGAAUAUCAGUCUAUAAAUAAAGAUGCAUAUAUAUAUAAAUAUAUAUAUAUAUAAUUCUUAAGAUUACUAUAAUAGAAAAAUACUUUGUUUCUUCCGGUUUGUGCAGCUGUGUUUGAGAAGUUUUUAUUUUCCUCUCGGCCAUAUUUCUCCCCCCGGAAGCUAUCUGGGACACUUUGCGAAACCAACAGUUAUGACAAUCGUAGCUUUGAUCUGUUGAGGGUUGGGCUGGGUAGGAUUCCCCUCCGAGCAGCGUUUCGUUUGCGCCCCUCCCUUCACCUGGGAGGACUAGGCCGUAAACCAAGGGAGUUGUGCAGUGGGACCCCGUGUCAGGGAGCUUCACCAUGUCGUAUACUGGACCACACGGUCACCGCGCUGUACAGGUGCACAGCCACAGUCUCCACUAAGGUAGUGCUCAAUAAGGCCAUGCUUUCUCCACACACGUUUGACAUAAAAAAAAAAAAAAGGCAUAUCAACGCAUGACUGUGUUGUUGACUGUUUUGUUCUUGUGUGUUGGUGCAGUGUUAGCGUGCGCGCGCGCGCGCGUGUGUGUGUGUGUGUGUGUGUAUGAAUGUGUAUGUGCGGACCUACGGCGAUGUUACUUCUUGCCAGUCUUGAGUUCUUGGACGUGAUGCGGUCGUCGUUGUCGUCGUCUGACCUUGCUGCACUAGCACUGACGUCAUCAGUGAGGUCACAUUAAGAAGCACAGGUCCUCCUGAAUAGCGCGUUGUCACUUUCUGCCUAUUGAGGAAGCCACUGUAUGAGAGGAAUGUGUUAGGGUCUCUGAGUGGACCACUUGGGGCGGGAUCCAAUUGGAUUCUUUGAAAAGAAAGAGGUAAUUACUCAUCCUAUCAGGUCGUCUCUGUACUGUGAAGUGUAUCAUAUUAAUGGUUCUGAGGUAAUGGGUUUGUAUCAGUCAGUGGGCCCAGGCCUAACCGGAACUCAACACUAGUAACACAUAUCAAGAUAGAACUGCUCACUAUGCUCUGGGCAUUUAAAGGAAUGACCGAAAACCACCCUUCUGCAGUAUUCAAACCAAGGCAUGCCAAGCAACAGCCCUUACUGACAGUAUUCUGAAAUUCAACAUUGUGUCUCAUUAAUCUCAGGCUUUUGUAGACAUGUGCAACCAACGGAAGGCUGAAGUUCCCAUCUUAUCCUCCCCCCACACACACACAACUGUACAGUCCAUUCAUCUGCAGAUACUCACGUGGCUAUUGACCUAUGCAAUCCUUGCUUCUUCUUCCUGUAGACACUACUUUGCUGUUGUUCUCAGUGAAGGUCUUGCCAUUCAGGUAGUUAGUAGAAACUUGUGUUGUUGUGCAAACAGAGAAGCUUCAUGUUACCCUGUUGUGGUUUUUUUCUUUUUGCCAAAAGUGAAAAUGCUGUUUUUGAUGACCAUUGUUCUCCUGAAUGUUCUGGAUCCCUGUCCGUCUCUAUGACAGCCAAUCCUGCGUCAGAGCUGUGAUGUCUGUGUUCUAUUUUUGUGAGAUAACUGAAGAAUUACAAAGAAAGGGAUGUUGAAUAAACAUAUACACGUGAAUGUA